UGCGGGCGGGGCUACACGCCCCGCUAACGUAAGCGUUGUUAGUAGGAAGAAGAAGCCGAUUCUGGAAGCCAUUACGUUGCGCACAUCAAUUGAGUAAAUCCUACUAUUUUUGCGUACAAUACGCACAAUUAUCUCCCCAAAGGAGCAAUUUCUGCCAUUAUGGCAUCGGUCGCGAAAAAGAGAAAAAUGAAUUUCUCGGAGAGAGAGGUGGAAAUUAUUGUGGAAGAAAUAGAGAAACAAAAGCACACACUGGUUAACCACUUCAAUGCUGGAGUCACCCACAUGGCAAAGAAUAACGCGUGGGUGGAUAUCCUGAAAAAGGUGAACGCUGUCACCACCUGUCCCAGAGAGUUGCCUGAGGUGAAAAAGAAGUGGUCUGACAUGAAGACGGAGGUCCGGCGGAAAGUGGCCCAGGCGCGGGCUGCUAUAGAGGGGACCUCCACUGACUGCACUCCAGUUCCCGUCAUCCUCACUGCUAUGCAGCAGAGGAUCUGUAACCUCCUUGGAGAGGCCACCAUCAUCAGCCUACCUGCGGGAGACUCGGAUGCUGAGAUAACUUUACCUGUUACAGUGAACGCCGCAGCCACCGUCACACUGGCAGAGACUCUUCCAGCUGGCUCAGGCACAGUCUGUGAUGAAGCAAAGCCACUGAAUGCUGAAACAACGUACCACACUCUAGAGGAUGGAGGCGUGGUGGAGUACUGCACCACCACUGUAUCAGACUCCACUCCCACCGUGGUGGCGGCCGUGGAAGCUCCGGUGGAGAUGCUGGCUUCAUCCUCAGUUUCCCCGCCUCCGCCUCAGGGUCAGGCCAAACCCCAGGAGCUGAAGAGCCGCAUUGCCCUCAACUCCGCCCGCCUGCUGCAGGAGCAGAGAGUCACCAACGUCCACAUUCGACAGAUCGCCCAGCACCUGGAGGGCCAAAAUGAGUUGCUACAGAUGAUGAGGCGCUCUCAGGAGGCCCAGGCUUUCGCUCAGGAAAGACAGGCCCUGGCCCUGGAAGGUACCCAGGCUGCCCUGCUGGCAUUAGUGCAGAUGCUCAGGCCUGCUCUCAAAGACCUGCGCAAAUUCCUGCAAAGUGGGACUGAGGUCGCAAACCCCAGCAGCUCAGCAGCAGGAUUAUCAGCUGACAGGGCAGGAACAGAGGAGCAGAGCAGACCCAAAACACCUCCACCUCCGCCACAGCAAGCCGAAGACACACAAUAGACUCAGUGUGUGUGUGUGUGUGUGUGUGUGUGUGUGUGUGUGUGUGUGUGUGUGUGUGUGUGUGUGUGUGUGUGUGUGUGUGUGUGUGUGUGUGUGUGUGUGUUACCUAAACUGAUUUAGUUUCAUCAUGUCACAGGGUUGUCACUACCAUAUGAUCAUAACUUAGAAUUACCUGUUACCCACUUAGUUAAAAACACACUUCGUCUCAUCAGAGCACCACGUCAAGAGGGCACCGAAGUGGGUCAACAUCAGGAAAGCAGCUGGUCUGGAUAGUCCUGCACUUAACCUCCUAGCUCCAGUGUUAUCAGCAUCUUCAACCUCUCCCAGUUAAUGGUCCCUGCGUGCUUAAAGUGGUCUGUAAUUGUCCCUGUGCCAAAGCUGACUUCCCCCACCUGCCUAAGUGAUUACACCAAGUUGCCCUCACCUCGGUAGCCAUGAAGUGAUUUGAGAGGUUAGUAAAAGACUAGUCCUUACGAGUGAGCACCUCACACCCAAAUUUGCUUACUGUCAAACAGAUUUACUUGCCAGUACUACCGUCGGUAACGCCAACACCCUCACACCUCGGAGGAGAGGAGACUGUUAGAUUGCUGUUCAUAAACCUAAGCUCACUCGUGCAGGCUGGUCAGCAAACUGUCUUAUCUGGGUCUGAAUAAUCCUGUGCACACAGGGAUCCUGGAUUUUCUUGACGCUACAUAUGGUCAGAGUAAAUAGACACACCUCCAACUUUCUCACACUCAGCAAUGCAACCGCCCUGUGCUGUUCUCUUUAUAUACACAUCAGCUGCAUGGCCAAACACAGCUCCAACAGCACAAGAAAGUUUGCAGACAACACAAUUGAGGUGGCCGAUUACUUUGAGGGAUCAUCAGAGUUUGCUCAUCUAGUCUACCUGUGUUAGUGUGGACUAUAGGAGAGCACUUACAGACAUGUCCUCCAGGGUGGUCAAGUAGGUAGUCCAGAUGUCCCUUUCCUCAGCAAUGUUUUCCAGUUGUUCCUGGGGGAUCCUGAGGCAUUAUCUAUCUGAGAUAUACAGUAUAAUCUAGCCUGGAGUGUCCUACCAGUUGGACAAGACAGGAAAGCCCCCAAAGGAUGGUGUCCAACCCACCUCAACUGAUGUGAAGGAACAGCAUCCUGUGGAUGUUGGAGGAUUUACUUAUGUCAUUUAAAUGUGAUCUUUAUAAUUGUGCAAACAACGAUGACAGACAGACAGGCAGACAGACAGACAGACAGACAGACAGACCUCUAGUUACUGUAAAUUCAGAGGAAACGCAGUAUAUGUCAGAGAGUGAAGAAGGCAAAUGUGACUAAAUGUAAAUGAAACUAAAUUUAAAAAACUAAUACAUCAUCAUACAUGGUGGUUGUUUAACAAUGAAGACAACAACUCCCAUGAUCCCAUGCUUCUUUAAAACCAGUCUUUUGUUAUUGUUUUAAUGUGUGCGACCCCUAGUGGCAUAAAUUGCAUACUGUGUGUUUAAAAACAAAACAAAGAUUGACAGGUUUCCUUAAAAUGAUUACAUGAUUAUUACACAAAGUGUCAUGAUCAUCUGCUUACACUAUAGGAUGACGUCAUGAAUAUGUUUUAGUAAAACAGUUUUAUUUUAGAAUCUUGAAAAGCAGAACCUGACGCUGUUUAGAUCUGCAAUUAUUAGUUAUUAUUUCAUGUUUUCUCCAUUUUAAGAAGUGGUGUAUAGACUGUGUGACUUUGUCUAACAGCCAACCUCCUGAAGAAGCUGGUCUAGAGACAUGUAUGACUCCUCCACACAUCUCAGAGGAAGCCUACCUCUGGGGAGCUGAUUGGUUGUAGAUGUUCAAAAGAAAGCUUCAGGGAUUCCCUCGCCUCUUCCAUUACCUCAACAAGAGCUCACAGUCUUAUCAUGUGUCGAGUGAUAACAAAACUAGCAAUCUAAAACUGGCAAAUCUUUUCAUAUUUAUGAAGCUGUUUUGUUUUGGAUAUAUGAACUGCUGAAUUAUUGGCUGCUGAUAACAGCUACUUUUAGUAGUAAAGUCUUCUUAAUUCUCAUCAGAAACAUUUGAACACUAGUGUAUUCAUUUAGAAUCAUGAUUGUGAUACAUGAUGAUGUUGUUACUUUUACUUUUGAAAUUUAAACCACAAUGUGUUGAGCAUGUAUUAUAAAUAAUAUUUAUGUAAUAACAUUCAAAUUUAAAA